CCUCCCCGGGCCGAGCGGGGCUCCCCCGGCGCCGGGCGAUGGAGCACACCUACGGGGAGGUGAACCAGCUGGGAGGUGUUUUUGUCAACGGGCGACCGCUGCCCAACGCCAUCCGGCUGCGGAUCGUGGAGCUGGCCCAGCUGGGGAUCCGGCCCUGCGACAUCAGCCGCCAGCUCCGCGUCUCCCACGGCUGCGUCAGCAAGAUCCUGGCCCGCUACAACGAGACGGGCUCCAUCCUCCCCGGGGCCAUCGGCGGCAGCAAGCCGCGGGUCACCACUCCCAACGUGGUCAAACACAUCCGUGACUACAAGCAAGGCGACCCGGGCAUCUUCGCCUGGGAGAUCCGCGACCGGCUGCUGGCCGACGGCGUCUGCGACAAAUACAACGUCCCCUCCGUCAGCUCCAUCAGCAGGAUCCUGCGCAACAAAAUCGGCAGCCUCUCCCAGCCCGGCCCUUACGACGGCGGCGGCAAGCAACCCCCCCCGCAACCCGCCCUGCCCUACAACCACAUCUACCAGUACCCCUACCCCGGCCCCAUGGCCUCGCCAGCCGCCAAGAUGGGGGGACACCCCGCGGCACCCGUGGCCGCAGCCCACGUCAGCCUGCCCCGCUCCUGGCCCUCGGCGCACUCCGUCACCAACAUCCUGGGCAUCCGCACCUUCGUGGAGCAGACGGGGGCUCUGUCUGGCACAGAGGGGGCUGCCUACCCCCCAAAAAUGGAAGACUGGCCCAGCGUGAACAGGACAGCCUUCCCCCCGGGCCAGACGGUCAAUGGCAUCGACAAGGCUGCGGUGGAAGGGGACAUCAAAUACCCGCAGCACGCCCCGGGGCUCUCCUCGGUGGGCACCUUCCUCCCGGCCUGCGCUUACCCCCCCUCCAACCAACACGGCGUCUACGGCGGCCCGGCCGGCGGCUACAUCACCCCGGGCCACCCCUGGCAGCCCCAAGGUAGCCCCUUGGCUCACCCCGGGACCGGCGUGGCGAUGCACAGCGGCGACCUGGCCACGGCGAUGGGGUUCAAACAGCCCGGGAGGGAAGUCGUGGACAGAAAAUCUGCCAGCCCUGCGGGGAAGUCUCCAGACGCUCUCAGCACCCUCCACGGACUCUCUAUCCCAGCCUCCUCUUCCUAG